AUGCGGCCAACAACACUUGUGAGUGGCAGAGAUGUCUACAUGCUGCUGGGAAACUACAGCCGUGCACAGUCUGCAAGUCAAGUUUCCGGCAAAACUGGCUGGAAUCUUUUGCUGGUGAAGGGAACUGUGACUGACGAGGAUGAAACGAAGAAAAUCGAAUGGAGUGAGACCCAUGCGGUGCAGCCUGAAUCCGUGGGAAGCCUUGCCUCCCUGACGCAGUUGGUCGGCGGCGGAGGCUCGGGUGUUGUGCUGAAGGACGGUACGCUUGUGUUCCCCAUGCAGGGAAUCAAAACUGGUGAAAAGAGCGUCUUGCUCGCCUUGCGCUUCACGCCAUCGAAGAAGAAGUGGGAGCUUUCAUCCGGUACGACCGGUGAGGGCUGCAGAGACCCGUCCAUCGUGGAGUGGGGGGGCGAAGAGAAACUCCUCGCGAUGGCUCCCUGUGAGGGAGGGUCCUACGAAGUCUAUCCGUCCUCCGGGGCCGGUGCAGCUUGGUACCCGAGAGGCGAGCCAAUUACGCGCGUGUGGGGCACCUCGCCGAACCGUCAAGGAGGGGACGGCGUGCAGAGCGGCUUCAUCACGGCGGAAAUAGAGGGAAAAAAGGUGAUGCUCCUCACCACGCCGGUGUACUCAGGGGACGCAGGCAAAGAAAAAGGGGAACUGCAUCUUUGGCUGACCGACAGCGCCCGCGUGCACGAUGUCGGACCGGUGUCACGUGAAGCCGAUGACGCCGCUGCCAGUUCCCUGCUGUACAAAGGCGGUGCGUCGGGUGAGGAGUUGAUGCUACUGUACGAGAAGAGGGAGAAUGGAGACACUUACGGCCUCGUAUCUCUGAGCCUGGCAAAGCAGCUGGAGCAGAUAAAGUCCGUGGUGCAGACCUGGAAGGAAAUGGACGCCGCCUUGGAGAAAUGCAAACCCGGUGGCAGCGUUGACCCGCUGACAGAGGGCGUGUGCAACGGCCCUGUUCCCACGGAGGGUCUGGUGAGCCUUUUGUCCCACACACUGGCCGGGACUGAGUGGGUGAACGAGUACCGCGGCGUGAACGCAACGGUGAAAGGUGGCGCUGAGGCGGGCACGGCGGGGGGUGUGAAGUUCAGCGGCGCCGGCGCGGGGGCGGAGUGGCCUGUGGGGAAACUGGGGCAGAACCAGCCGUACCACUUUGCGAACAAGGAUUUCACGCUUGUGGCGACGGUGACCAUCCACGCGGUGCCGGUUGAGAAAGAUGGCAGCUCUCUGCCUUUGCUGGGCGUGAGGAUGAAUGACACAGACAGCACCGUGCUCUUUGGCCUGUCGUACACGCAGGACAAGAAGUGGAAAGUGACGGUCGGCGGUCAGAGCCGGAGUUUGACAGAUGGUGAUGAUGUGACGUGGGAACUAGGCACAGCCUACCAAGUGAUCUUGCAGAUGAAUAAUGGCAAUGAGUUGUCUGUGCACGUUGACGGGGCCGAGAUCUACGCGAGCGAAGAUGAAGAAGAUGAUGAUGAUGAAGAUGAUGACGGCGACCUCGCUUCUGAGGUGGAAGAACUGUUAGAGCCGCACAGGAUCUCGCAUCUCUACGUUGGUGGGGACGGGGAGGAGGGCACGAAGACCAGCCACCACGUGACGGUCUCCAGCGUCCUGCUGUACAACCGCGCACUGGGUGAGAGUGAAAUCACGCAGCUUAAAAACAGCAAAGUAACUCAGCCGCGGCCGGCUGCUGCCUCCCACGAGCCCGGCGAUGAUGCGCGGGACACCGAUAAUGCUCCCGAGCAGGGGUCUGGAGAAAUGGGCGCUGACGGUAUUCCAGCGGCUGGAGCCCUUCAAUCUGUGGCCUCGGGGGCUACUGACGGGCAGGAGGCCGGUGGGAAGGCAGACGCCGCAAAUCUCUCUUCUGUGGAGCCGGUGGUGGAGUCGUCGCCUUCCGCGCCCCCGUCCCCGGCGGAAGUAAAGGGACAAGAACCGGGCAGCAGCGACGAGGCGGUGGGGGCAGGCGGCGGGGCGCAGUCGCCGCAGCCACCGGAGGAGGCCAAACGUGAGGGCGGUGGUCACGGUGUUGGUGGAGCCGAACUGCCUCCUGGCGGCCGUGCCUCGCCCAUCGCGGCGGGGGAGGGGGCUGGAGAAGAGGAAAGCCGCGAGGGUGCAUCGGCGUCUCCGCCGGCGCCAUCCGCAUCGAGUGUGGACCCUCCUGCUGCACCGGGCGGCAGUCAGACGCAUGCCGGUGAGCCUGCCACCGCCAGUGGGAGUCAAGCCGUUGACCCCGAAGAGAACAAUGCCGCUUCAGGCGCAGCGGUGAGCUCAGGCGGCAGCCCUGCUUUGACCGACGACGCCGAACCGCCCGCCGCGAAGGAGGCACCCGGCGCUUCUUCGCCUGCCACCGCUGAAAUGCCUCGUGGAGACAAUGAGGAAAUGUCGCAGGGCGUUGAGGACGCACCGGCUAAUAAAAACACGCCACCCGCACCUCCGGCUGCCCCUUCGACGCGCGACGCGGCGCCGCACUUGAGCAACACCUCCGCUGCCUUCAAGAACAUGACAGAAUUGAGGCUCAGCGAGGGAGCCAGCGACGGCGCUGUGCGUGGGUGUGUGUCUCGGCUAUUGCUGCUUGCCCUGCUGGGGCUGUGGGGCACGACGGCUCUCUGCUGA